UCCAGAAGCGAAACAUACACAAACAUGGCGAUAUUACAAGCAGUCAAGAUGCAGCCCUCUCUUCGCUCUUCGUUAUAUUUAUUAGUCUUCUGGGUUGCUGGAUUUAAUGCGUCGACCCUUCGUCUUCACCCGGAGCAGCGUUACAUGCUGCUGCAGAACAGAGGGUUUUUCACAAUAGAAGCAAAUGAGGAUUUACCGUGGGGAGAUGGAGGAGGCGCCGAGGCUCCGGAGCUACCUCUGGCCGCUCGUAGCGUCGCUGAAGGCGGGUCGGACUCCGGCGCCUUCCCGCUGCAGCGAAGCCGCCGGAGCGCAGGAGAUUCGCCCAUGCCAAAGGUGUACGGGCAGGCCAACCUGAACGACUCUCACAACCAGAUGGUGGUCCACUGGGCCGGAGAGAAGAGCAAUGUGAUCGUUGCGUUGGCCCGAGACAGCGCAGGAGCCACCGGGCCCAAAACCAGCUCGAUCUAUGUGUCGUACGACUACGGGACCACCUUCACGCUCGUCUCAGAGAAAUUCCAGCUCUCAGGGGUGAAGUUCAAAGAGGGAGCAAAGCAGGUCAUCUCCCAGUUCUACCACAGUCCUGCAGACAACAGACGGUACCUUUUUGUGGACUCCACCAACAACUACCUGUGGAACACCUUUGACUUCUGUAAGAGUGUGCAAGGCUUCUCUCUGCCCUUCAAACCCACAGACCUGCUGCUCCACAACAGAAGAUCCAACCUGGUGCUGGGCUAUGACGGCUCACACCCGAACAAGCAGCUGUGGAAAUCAGACGACUUUGGGGAGACAUGGGUGUUGAUCCAAGAGCACGUGAAGACCUACUUUUGGGGCGUGGAUCCCUACGACCCCCCGACCACAGUGCUGGUCCAGAGACACGAGCCCCAGGGUGUCUCCACCAUACUGAGCAGCACCGACUUCUUCCAGAGUGAACUGAACCGCAGGGUGAUCCUGGAGCAGGUGGACAGCUUCCAGCUCCGAGAAAAGUACAUGUUCGCCACCACCACUCGGAAACUGUUUGGCAGCCAUGAACCUUCAUCUGUUCAGCUCUGGGUCUCCUACAACCGCCAACCAAUGAAAAAUGCCAGGUUCAUGACCAGACAUCCAAUCACAGAGUACUACAUCGCCGACGCUUCAGAGGACCAGGUGUUUGUGUGUGUGAACCACCUGAACAAUGUCACACACCUUUACAUCUCGGACACACAGGGCCUGUCCUUCUCUCUGUCAUUGGAGAAUGUGCUGUACUACAGUCCGGAGGGCUCUGGCAGCAACACACUGAUCAGGUACUUUGCCAAUGAGCCUUUUGCAGAUCUUCACAGAGUGGAGGGACUACGAGGAGUCUUCAUCGCCACUCUCAACAACGGCUCAGUCAGCGAGGACAACAUGCGCUCCGUCAUCACGUUUGACAAAGGAGGGACAUGGGAGCUGCUGCAGCCGCCCGCUGCAGACAGCCUGGGGGGAUCUGUGGACUGCCAGCUCAGUAAAGGUUGCUCUCUGCACUUGGCUCAGCGCUGGAGUCAGCUGUUCAACAUCCAGCUGAGGAGGAUGCCCAUUCUAUCCAAAGACUCUGCCCCGGGACUCAUCAUGGCCACAGGAUCUGUAGGCAGGAACUUGGCCAACAAGCCCAAUGUGUACGUAUCCAGCAGCGCCGGAGCCCGCUGGAAGGAGGCUCUUGCAGGCCCUUACUUCUUCACAUGGGGAGACCACGGCGGCAUCCUGAUGGCCAUCCCACAGGGAGGAGCCACAACACACCUCAAGUUCAGCACUAAUGAAGGCGAGACGUGGACGGACUUCAAGUUCUCCGACAGGGAGGUGUUUGUGUACCAGCUGCUGACUGAACCUGGGGAGAAGAGCACCAUCUUCACCAUCUUCGGCUCCUACGCUGACCAGAGACACAGCUGGCUCAUCCUGCAGGUCAACACCUCCGACGUCCUAGGUGUGCCGUGUUCAGAGGCCGACUACAAGCGCUGGUCCCCGUCAGACGAGCACGGUAACGACUGUUUGCUGGGCAGAGAGAUAACGUUUAAGAGACGAGCUCCUCACGCUACGUGUUUUAACGGAGAGGACUUCGACCGGCCAGUCACCAUCUCUAACUGCUCCUGCACCCGGCAGGACUACGAGUGUGACUACGGCUUCAAGCUGAGUGAAGACUUGUCUCUGCAGGUGUGUGUGCCUGACCCUGAGUUUGUAGGUGACCUUUACGCUCCUCCAGUGCCGUGUCCUGUCGGCACCACGUACCGCCGCAGCAAAGGCUACAGGAAGGUACCAGGCGACAGCUGCAGUGGAGGAGAUGUGGAGUCCAGACUGGACGGAGAGAUGCUGCCAUGUCCGGUCGGAGAGAGUAAUGAGUUCAUCCUGUACGCGGUGAGGAACUCCAUCCAUCGAUACGACCUGGCCACAGGAGCAGACCAAGUCCUACCUCUGGCCGGACUCAGAGAGGCCGUGGCUCUGGACUUUGACUACGACAGGAACUGCCUGUACUGGGCUGACAUCUCUCUGGACACCAUACAGCGCCUGUGUCUGAACGGCAGCACGGGUCAGGAGGUCGUCGUCAGGAAAGAUCUGCAGAACGUGGAAGCUCUUACCUUUGAUCCCGUCAGCAGGCUGCUGUACUGGGUCGAUGCUGGAGCGCAGAAGAUUGAGGUGUCUAACCCUGACGGCGACCUGCGUCACACUCUGCUCAACUCGUCCGUCCUGGAGCAUCCCCGAGCUCUGGUUCUGCUGCCUGGAGAGAGUCUGAUGUUCUGGACCGACUGGGGAGACCGAGCAGCCGGCAUUUACCGGAGCUACAUGGACGGAUUCAAUGUGUCCUGCAUCGUGUCUGAAGGCGUCCGCUGGCCCAACGGGAUCACAGCCGACGACCACUGGCUGUACUGGACCGAGGCGUACAGCGACCGCAUUGAGAGAGCCGACUUCAUGGGGGGCCAGAGGAGCGUUCUGAUGGAGGGGCUGCCCCACCCGUACGCCAUCGCUGUCUUCAAAAAUGACCUGUACUGGGACGACUGGUCCAGAAUGGGAAUCUUCAAAGCUCCUAAAGCCGGCUCCCAGAGCAACGAGCAGAUCGUCGGCAGACUCACCGGAGUCAUGGACCUCAAGAUCUUCUAUAAAGGGAAGAACAGAGGUCAUAAUGCCUGUGUGGACCAGCCGUGCAGUCUGCUGUGUCUGCCUCAGCCCGGACAUCGUCACACCUGCGUCUGCCCAGACGGAGCACCGACUUUAACCAUGCCCGAUGGAGAGCUGCAGUGCCAGUGUCCCAGCGGCUACCAGCUCCAGAAUAACACCUGCGUGAAGACCGAGCACAGCUGUUUGCCCAACCAGUACCGCUGCUCUAACGGCCGCUGCAUCAGCAGCAUCUGGAAGUGCGACAGCGACAAUGACUGUGGAGACAUGAGUGAUGAACAAGAGUGUCCCACUACGACCUGUGACCCAUCAAACCAGUUCCGCUGCAUGGCCUCAGGGUCCUGCAUCCCUCUGGCCUUCAAGUGUGACCACGAAGAUGACUGUGGAGACAACAGUGAUGAAGAGCACUGUGAGUCUCACCAGUGUGGCCCAGGAGAGUUCACGUGUGCACGAGGUGUUUGUAUCCGUGAGGCGUGGCGCUGUGAUGGAGACAACGACUGCAGAGACUGGUCUGAUGAGGCCAACUGUACAGUGGGCCACCAUACAUGUGAGGCCAGCAGCUUCCAGUGUCACACGGGUCACUGUAUACCACAGCGCUGGGUGUGUGAUGGUGAUGACGACUGCCAGGACGACUCUGAUGAGGAUCCCCAACAUUGUAAAGGAACUCGCUGUAACGGCUUUCUCUGCUCCAAUCACACCUGCCUUCCUGCCACUGCUCACUGCAACGGCAUCCAGGAGUGUCCAGAUGGCGCUGAUGAGCACAAUUGUGACCCGCUGUGUACCCGCUACAUGGAGUUUGUGUGUAAGAACAGAGCUCAGUGUCUGUUCCAGUCUCUGGUUUGUGACGGGAUCAAACACUGUGAGGACGGAUCUGAUGAGGACGCAGCGUACGCUGGAUGUGCCACGCCCUCUGAGUUUGGUAAAGUGUGUGAUGCCUACACCUUCCAGUGUGCCAACGGAGUGUGUGUGAGCCUGGAGUGGAAAUGUGACGGCAUGGAUGACUGUGGUGAUUACUCUGAUGAAGCCAACUGUGCUGCUCCCACGGAGGUCCCCGGCUGCUCCAGGUAUUUUCAGUACGAGUGCAGAAAUGGUCGCUGUAUUCCAACGUGGUGGAAGUGUGACGGAGAGAACGACUGUGGGGACUGGUCGGACGAGGCCCAGUGUACAGGUGGCGUUACUCCUCACACUGUAGCCCCUGGCCCCUCCACAUGUGCCCCUAACCGCUUCCACUGUGGCUCUGGAGCCUGCAUCAUCAACACGUGGGUGUGUGACGGCUACGCUGACUGUCCUGACGGGAGCGACGAGCUGGGAUGUCCCACAGCUAACGGCUCUAUGACGGUCGCUCCAGUACCCACCCAUCCCGCUCCUCCCCCGCCCUCCCCCAGCCGGUGCAGUCGGGGUCAGUUCCAGUGUCGCAGACCCCCCCUCUGCAUCCCCGACUGGCAGCGCUGUGACGGUCAGAUCCACUGUCAGGACCGCUCUGAUGAAGCCCAAUGCCCCACUCGUGGUCCUCUGUCUUGUGUUAACGGGACUCGCUGCUCCGAUGGAGAGGCCUGCGUGCUGGACGGUGAGAGGUGUGACGGUUUCCUGGACUGCUCCGACCACAGUGACGAGGACAACUGCACCCUCGAUUCUCUGGCCUAUAAAGUCCAGAACCUCCAGUGGACACGGGACUUCCUGGGUGCCAUCACCUUGACCUGGUCUCGCCCCAAAAGCCUUCCUCUAGACUCCUGUUACUUCCUGGUUUACUACAGGCUGGUGGGCACCCAGCAGUGGACCAUCAUGGACACCCACAGCAACAAGACCAUCUACCAGCUGACGGUGUUGAAACCGGACACCACCUACCAAGUCAAGGUGCUCACUCAGUGUCUCAGCAAGCUGCACAAGACCAACGAGAUGAUCACAGUCAGGACGCCAGAGGGAUUGCCCGACCCGCCCAGGAACCUGCAGCUGUCCUGUGAUAACGACGAGGACGGGAAGGUGCAAGUGUCCUGGAGUCCUCCUGACAAAGGACACGGCCUCAUCAGAGAGUACAUCGUUGAGUACAGUGAGCGAGGGGGUCUUGAAUGGACGUCACAGAGGUGCACCACCACCAACACUGACGUUAAAGAGCUGCAGCCGGACACCAUGUACAGGUUCAGGGUGGCAGCAGUGACGAGUCGAGGUGUUGGAAACUGGAGUGAAGUGAAAUCCAUCACGCCUAAAAAAGCUCUGCCUCCGCCCUCUGUGAUCACCGACACUGUCACCAGCGACUCGCUGAGCUUCUCAUUCAGCUUCAACUCUCAGUACGAGGUCAAACAGUACAUCGUGAUUCUAUCCUGGCAGUUUGACUCCCAUGUCAAGGAGAACAAGAACUACACCGUCACUGAGAGGAUCCUCAGAGCUACAAACCUGACAGAAGGGACGGUGUACGAGGUGGCCGUGUGGGCUCACACCAGUAUAGGAGACAGUCCCACUGCUCUGUCCCAUCACCAGACCAGCGGCACCCAGCCAGACCGGCCCCAUUUCAAAGGGGCCCUCAACCAGACCGCUGUGGACUGCAGCUGGAACAUGACUGGACCCCUUCCUCAGGUGUAUGGUGUGUUUUAUGCCACCUCCUUCCUGGAUCUGUACCGCAGUCCUCGUCAGCUCAGCACCUCGUCUCCCAGUCUGACGGUCACAGUGGACAGUGAUGAGCAGUAUCUGUUCCUGGUGCGCGUCGUCUCCCCCUUCUUGGGUCCUCCCUCUGAGUACGCCGUGGUGAAAAUGAUCCCCAACGAGAGGCUGCCUCCCAGAAACCUGCAUCGAGUCAGAGUGGACAAGACACAAGCCACGCUGAAGUGGCAGCCGCCAUACGACACUCCCAACGCACCCCUGACGUAUGCAAUCCAUGUGCGGGACGGAAUCCGUAAGGUGGAGCGCGACUACAAGCUGACCACGCAGAACAACACGGUGGAGUAUCUGCUGAAAGGCCUUGAGCCCGGAGGACGAUACAGCAUCUCUGUCCGCCUGAGAAACAUGAGCAAGGAGGCCAGCUUCACUCUCAGCACAGUUCCCCUUCCGGCUCCCGAGGCUCUGAAGAUCCUGACUGAGAACGACCACGUGUUCCUGUUCUGGAAGAGUCUCGCUGUCCGAGAAAAGGGCUUCAACGAGAGCAGGGGGUAUGAGGUGCAUGUUUACGACAGUGUGACCAACCAGACGUCCUUCCUGGGAAACACCACAGAGACAUAUUUCAGAAUCAGCAGCCUGCUGCUCGGACACAACUACACCUUCUCUGUGCAGGCGCGCUGUCUGCUCAGCGGUCAGCUGUGCGGAGAGCCUGCACUCCUGCUUUAUAACCAGCUGGCAGCAGGGGCGAGCGAUGGCUCCCGCGCUGACAGCCACUCAGGGGACAUGGCGGCCGUGGUGGUUCCCGUCCUCUUCCUGUUGCUUCUGGGAGUGUGCGGCGGCUUGGUGGCGCUCUACCUCCGACACCGCAGGCUGCAGAACAACUUCACCGCCUUCGCAAAUUCGCAUUACAACUCCCGCCUGGGCUCCGCCAUCUUCUCCUCCGGGGACGAACUGGGUGAUGAUGAUGAGGAUGCUCCCAUGAUCAGCGGCUUCUCGGACGAUGUUCCCAUGGUCAUCGCGUAGCACCACAUCCCUCCCUUACCAGUUUUCUCUUUCCUUCUCCCCCUUUUCUCUUCUUCCUCUCCCCCCUUCACUCCCCCCGUUUCUUCCAGUCAAACGGUACGGUACAAAGUGGAAAAGGUCGAAAAAACUUUGCCGCCAUCCCAAAAAUCUGUUGAUAGGAAGCCAUCCCGAUUAGCAGGAAACAUGAAGAAAAAUGGAAAAGUGUAAAGAGAGAAAGAGAUAUUUUUCAAAUAUACAAUGCACUUUUUUUGGAUGCGCAAUAACUUAUUUUUUAUAUUGUUAAAUAUAUAUAUAUAUAAAUAUAUAUAUAUAUAUGGGGUCGAAUGAGGACUGUCAGGAAGAGGUGAACACUGAAGAAACUGUGAAGGAUUUGAGUUUGUGGAGCUCGCCCAGGGAAAGAGAGACCCUAUUUGUAAAGCAAACUCACCAUCCAUAGGAGGGGUUCAUUGCUUAAAGCCAAAAUCAGCAUCCAGAGACUGUAAUAUAGAAUGCAAAAAAAAAAACACACACCAUGAGAAAAAAAAAAAGAGAGAAUAAGACAACAUGCUGUAUACUAUAUGUACAAAAAGAAGAUGGAGGAGUAUCAGUUAUGUAUCGUGUUCAUAGUACAGUAGUACUACAGCAGUAUGUAACGUUGGUGUCAUGUAAGAAGCAGUUUGAUUAGUUAAAGAGGAACUCUGUCGUUUUAUCCUGGGCACUAUCUUCUGGUGGUUUUAGGGUCUAAAUUAAUUUUUGAAUUGCUUCAGUAGAUGACGUCAGCCAGCAGUAUUGAAAACAAAAAAAGCUCCAAUCAGAGUGCUUGUUUUUGUCGCUGACAGUAACAGAAAGCGUUCCUACAGACUCUUUUUCUGAAUGAAUAAGAUGAUUUCCCUGUAAUGAGACACCUCUGUUGUAUCUCUCCCUUCAGAGGCAGCAGAGUUCAUGAACAAACACAGUACGUUUACUUCACAGGACACAGGAGGUAGUGGUCUGGCUCGGCCUCUGCCUCAGUCUCUGUUUUUGCUUUGUUGUGUGUUUGUUAGAGAGGGUUGGCUCUAAUUCAACAAAACAGAAUUAUACAAACUCACAAACUGUGCCAUGUGCUAGCUGUAAACCUGAACUUUUAGUCUAUGAGGUAAAAUUUAGCUUGUUUUGUCAGUGGAGUCUUGUGGCUUUGAACAGAGUGGUGUCACCUGUUUCAGGUUAAAAUAUAUAUUUUUACUUAAUUCUCUAAUGGUUUUUUUUGUGAAAUGUUGCCAGACAUUUAGAAAAAGCAAUCUGAGCCUGCAAGUGCUCAAAGCUAAAACCUUUCGUGAGUGUUACCUUCAGCUCUUCAAGCCCACUUUGCAGCUGCUGGCUAAAUCAACGUACUAGAACAGUUCCAAACGUUUAGGUACAUAUUUGUCAUUAACCCCUCAAAUCUAUGAAAAUAGUGACCAGAAAGAAAAAAACAACCGACCUCCUCUUUAACAGCGGAUCAUUUGAAAUCAUUCACAUCUUUUGAGUUGUUCAUCUCUGUGAAUGAUCACCAGUCCAGAAACUGUUGAUUCAUGUAAAUUCAUCAGCUAAAGACUCAUGACACCCAGCAGCUCAGUGACUGCUUCGUCCAGUGGCACCGUGCAGUGUCCUCAUAGAUACACCUUUAUUUUCUCACCACCAGCACACUGUUGUACGUCUGUAUGUAGAGAAAACACGCGUACCAUGAUGAAAGAAUAAUCAUGGCUUUUAGGUGGGAAAGACUCCCCAUCAGAAAUAUUUGUAAAUAUUGGCUUUUAAUGUGUCCUCUCCUUGUAAUGCUGCACCAUAUUAUUCUGUCAAAUGUGUUUGUUUUUUUUUCUCUCGAAUUGUUCAGGACCACACAUUAUUUUGUCCCCCCUGCGUAUUGCCAUAGCUGUAGUCAUAGAGGAAGUGGGUUCUCAGGGAACUGUGUCGGAGUGGACACCCGCGCAGCAUCACCAUCAGCAUCAUGGCUCAGGCAGCACUGUCCAUCUACUGUUGAAGAGGUACAGAAACAUGGUGGAGGUACUGGAUCGGCUGUGGGUGGAAUGACGAGGCAGACGCAGAUUAUUGUCAGGGGGGAGUUGAUGAGAGAGUCAGGGUUUAGAUAAAAGUCUAAAGAGUUAACUCAAACAAACCUUUAUGCUCACUUUUAACCGAGCUUUAGUGUAAAGUCAGGUGUGAGAAUCCAACAGCAACACGCCUUUCCACAAACGGUUUGCUAGCAGCUUCGUCAAAUAAAGGUUAAAUAUGCAAGUUAGCUUACCAAAACAGACCACUCCUGAUCUCUUUGGAGGAGCAGAGUUUGUUUGAACAAGGUAAAAAAGUUGAAUUCAGGUUCCAGACAAGUUGAUUUUUUUUUCUUAGAGCUGUGAGGAGUUUUGAGCUGGUUAUGAAAAACACUGAAAUUCAUGCUGAUGUUGAUGAUGAAAAUCAUACAAAACCAUCAGCAACAAGACUGAUACUUUCUUUAUAGUCAUUUUGAAUGCUUGUAGCCACUGCUGCCAAGGGGUCGGUGUCAGACGAGGUGAUUAACAACACGCUGCGGAAACAGACUUUCAUUAUAUUUUCUAAAGAUUCCCAGGGACUGACAUGUUUGACUGUUCAAAGAUACCAGGAGGAGAUUUUUCAUCACAGAACACCUUUUACAAAUGUACAGGACACGAUCAGCUAAGUGAUAAGAGGUGUUGCUUUGUCCACAGGGGGGCGCCAAAAAUCAAUACAAACUGGAUGUUCCUCACAGGAGCUUUAAUUUUUUGCAGCAAAGGGAGAAAUCUUUUGUCAAACUUAACGUCAAGGUUUCUCUUUUCAGUCACAUCUAACAAAUGAAAGCAGAAAGCACUGUCACUGUUGGGCAGCUGGCCAAUAAUUAUUCAAGUAUUUUUGCUGUGAAUAAAACGAAAUAAUUGCCAGACCCUGUUGAAUGGCAAUUUCCAUUAAAGCUUUUUGAGGAAGUUUCCAUGUGUGCUGAUUUUGGCGCCACCCUGUGGACAAAGCAGUGCAUCUUAUCUCUUACACGCGUUACAAAAAAAUUCUUCUUUAGCAAUCAAAUGUAUCUCAUGGAGAAUAUUUACCAGCAAAAAAUGUCUGCUAAGGCUGUUUAUGCAUUGUUCACUUUGUCUGACACGCACCACACAGCACGGGUUUCAAACAUUAAUAAUUACAGUGAAGAAGUAACACAGUCUUAAUGCUGAUGGUCAUGCGCUCAUGUUUCAUAACCUGCUCCUCACAGGAGCUCUAAAGUGAAUAUCAUUUAGUCCACGUUGUAGCUGGUGUUAGAAAUUAUGUGACCUGGCUUUAAAGGAUGCUGUUUCUGGAUUUUUAUUUUUUUUGGCUUUGAGUGUCCGUUACUGCUCAAAGUACAUAAUGUGAGAGAAUAUGAUUUUUAUUUGUUUUGUUUCUUCUUCAGAUGUGCCAUUAGUUGGUCUUUGCUCAGUAGGAGGACAGAGAUGAUAACCUGUGAGGGAGGGGUUUUGUCUCUUUUGAUGUGAUGAAUCUCACUGUUGCACGCCCAUAAGCUGAUCAACUCAAAGACGUUUUAUUGAGUCAUGCUUCUGUUCGGCCCCCUGCCCAUAUAGUGUAGUCUUAUCUCAUGAUCUUUGUGGUCUGCCUCUCAGCUUGAGCCAUUUGAACUGAUGGUGUUCUGCUUUUUAAUGACCUUGUUCUGUGUUUUGUUUGUAAAAAAAAAAAAUGUCUCCAUGAAUGUAUUUUGUAUCUUUUUAUGGUACUGUCCCAGCUCAUGAUGCUAGCAUCACCACCUGUGAAGUCAAUGCACUCUCUCUGCUUCUAGCCCCCCUGUUUUUCUUUUGGUUGUUUCUCUGUGGGCUGGCUUCUGCAGACAAAUCUCAGCUGUUACAACCCAAACCCUAUUUUACUCAACCAGAGCAACAAACCAUUCUUUGUCUGAUUUUUUGUGUUCAUCAAUUUUCAUUGCCAGAUCUUUAACCGGUGUCUGUACAGAGUUUUAAGGUUUCCUCAAGACUUCACUUUGAUUUCACGCAGCUUCUCAUUUUGUACUUUGUUCUGUUUUCUUGCCUUAAAAAACAGAAUUUGUGGCAUUAAUGUUUUUUUUGUUUGUUUUUUUUGGCUCUGUGGAGAUUCUGAUUAUUUUGUUGAGCCACAUAAUGCCUUAUUAAAAAACAUUGGGUUUCUAUGUGAUGACAUGUUUGUAGAGCUAAUGUUACUUUCAUUAUCGGUAGACGUGCCAAUUUUCAUAACAAUCCAUGGAUUCAUUUUUGAGUACAUAAAAUGUAAAAAAAAAAAAAUAGAAAGUGUACUCCUUUAAACAAUUUCCCAGAGCUCAACGUUAUGUUUUCAAACUUCUCUGUUUGUCAAAACUCCCAGAAAUCUUUAUUUAUGCUCUUUAAAGACAAAGUAAAGCAGCAAAUCUUCUUGUGUAAGAAGCUGGAAUCGAUAUGACAUAUUUUCCCCGCAGGAAGUUACUGAAACAGCAAAUUGACUAAAUAAUGUUUGCAAUUAAUUUUCUUUGAAUCGAUUAAGUGAAAAUCAUUGCAGCUUUGUAUGAUAAAACACGAGUGCACACACAUGCAUGCACACACACACUCACACACACAGCCUGCACACGAGGCUCAGGAGGCUGACGAGGAAGUUCCUUUUAGGGCAUUUGGUUGAUUUUGUCAGAUCACUGCACCUUCCUGCAUCGGCUGCUAUAAGCCAGCCGCUAAGUCUCUCUUUUUAGUCCGCUUUUACACAUGUACAAAGUUCAAUCAUUGGUUCUUAAAUGACUGUUUUGCUCCCCACUUGUCUUAAUGUCGCCUCUUAAUGUCAAAUAGUUUGCUUUAAAAAAAAUGUUGUUGGGCACAGAGUUUGAUCAUGUUGAACUUGGCCAUGUUUGGAGAUGUUAAUGUCUUGCUUGCUUAUCUCAGAGGUUGCAGGAACAAUGUGAUGUUUGGAGAAACAGUGUGAGGUGUUUUAAAAACCACUUAUACUGAAAUAAACUUUAUGAAAAUCAAA